CGCACUCCGAGCCACAGUCGCUCUCGGCGAGGCGCGCACUGCAAGGCGCUCUCCCCGCGCCGCCGCCGGACGGACGCACAGACCGACAGCCAGCCCGCGCCUGCUUGCCCUGGCCGCCCUCCGGAUCCUGGCCACCCCGCGCGGAGACUCGAGCAAAAUGAUGCUUCAACACCCAGGCCAGGUGUCUGCCUCGGAAGUCAGCGCCUCUGCCAUCGUCCCCUGUCUGUCCCCUCCUGGGUCACUGGUGUUUGAGGAUUUUGCUAACUUGACACCCUUUGUCAAGGAAGAGCUGAGGUUUGCCAUCCAGAACAAACACCUCUGUCAUCGGAUGUCGUCUGUGCUGGAGUCGGUCACCGUCAGCGACAGACCCCUAGAGAUGUCCGUCAUGAAAGCUGAGGUAGCCCCUGAAGAAGAUGAAAGGAAAAAGAGGCGACGGGAAAGAAAUAAGAUUGCAGCCGCUAAGUGCCGAAACAAGAAAAAGGAGAAGACGGAGUGCCUGCAGAAGGAGUCAGAGAAGCUGGAAAGUGUGAAUGCCGAGCUGAAGGCACAGAUUGAGGAGCUGAAGAAUGAAAAGCAGCAUUUGAUAUACAUGCUCAACCUGCACCGGCCCACGUGUAUUGUCCGGGCUCAGAAUGGGCGGACUCCAGAAGAUGAGAGAAAUCUGUUUAUCCAACAGAUAAAAGAAGGAACCCUGCAGAGCUAGGCAGGCGUGGUGUGGGGGCAACUGGGGAGUCCUCAUCGAAUAAUCCUUUUCCACCCAAAACCCUGAAACCAUUGGAAAGCUGACUUCCUGUGCACCUCUAGAAUCCCAGCAGCCAAGAACCAUCAAGGCAACUCCACUGAGCCUUCCCUCUUUGGACCAGGGCAAGAGCAUCCAUUGCCUCAACUCCAGGAUUUAGGUCUUAACAUACUGGCCAUUCUUUGAUGUCCAAAUGGCCCCUCAUUAGGGUCCUGCCCAUCCGUUAGGAUUCAUGCAGAUGGGUCUGUACCGUGGGUAGGCGGGGUGGGGCCAUCUCCUCCGCAGCAGCUGCGUCACCCGUGGGGCACACGGAGUGAGAGCGACACACAGCCCACUUGUGUGAUGGCCAGGGCUGUGCUUUCUAGCAGAUAUGCUGUUGUGUUCGGGAAUUACUGUGUGCAAGGCAUUCGUAACUAGGCGCUGUGCUCUUUUGAUGUCUGUUUCACACAACACUGGCGCAACCUUUCUGUGAUUACCCACAGACUGGUGUCUAAGGGUCUGGGGUCUGUUACCCUGGACAGCGUCUCACGAGAGUGUUCAGGUAGCUGGAAGAGCUUGUCAGCCCCUGACAGCAGAACCAUCCUGCGGGCCAGGAGUAUGAGACUCCUUUCCCCGGCACCCAGGUGGUAAGGAGCUGUCGGGAGCACGGCCACAGGUCCUGUGGCAAACUCAAUUGCAGUGUCAUAGGAAGAAAACAGAAAGCAAGUCCAGUUUUCAAGAGUUUAGGACUCUCCACUCAGGUCAGGAGUUAUUUCUAGGCCAGAAGAGCCAAAGACUAUUCCGUUCUCCUUUCCUGGUGGUCAGAAGCCAAUGAGUAGAGCCAUGCAUGGAAGCCAGUGAUGGCAAGGCUUUAGCGUUACUGGACUCUCGUGUGUUGUUUUUUAUCUUGGAGCUGUGUUGGGGAGCUGGCCCGGAGUGUUCGCAGUCAUGUGUAGUCACUCAUUAGCACUGGCCACAAGACUCCCUACUGUCUGUUAAAAUUCUGAUAUUUCUGUGAAAUCCUCAGAGUGUUUAAUCCUACGCAGUAGUGUCAUUACAAUUUUCUGUAAGAGAAAAUAUUAUUUAUCCUGGUAUUCCUGUCAAUGUAAUAAAUAUUGGAACCAAGAUAUGGUAAAUGUCA